UGUGGUAACAAGAUGAAGAUCGAAAACAAAUGAGCGGCUAUAACUUAGCGAAGCCGGUAUUCACGUUGCGACGAUUUGCAGUGUUAUUUCCAACCAAAAAGCAUUAAUCGUCAGUCACCUCGUACUCGCCGAUUUCAGACUCGAUUCGGAAUUCAUCUUCACUCGGCCGUGAGAAUAAGCUUGCUACUUUCUCAGCGACUGAUUGCAGUUUUUCUUUUAUCAAAGACACGCCGCGAACUCGUAUUACCCCGAAAAUUGAACUUUCCUCACCGAUCCCGUGAUGAGCUUGGACGGCAGGAGCAAACCGAGCAACAAGAGUCCACGAAAAGGAAGGACUUCGUCGGCCGGGGCCUCGGACGACGAGAUAAGCGUGAUAGCGGUGAUAAAGAAGGGCAGUAAUUCUGCAGGUAUUCCGAAACGAGCGAGGUAUCACUACAUCCGUGAGCUGCCAUUGGCCGUGGUAAAGUCGUUCAAAAAGUCGUUUCAAAAAGCCGAAGAGACUCGGACCCCCGUUUCCAAUACUGGAGAAUCACUCCGCGGGCCCAGAUCGGACGGUCAAGUGAAAAAACCACGAGUGAUCGACCUCAGCGACCAGGCAUCAAAGAUGGAACUUCGUAGGCAAUUCAAUGUCACCGAGAAGGAUGAAGACGAAGACCGAUUGAGCUCCGGUUCGGUCUCCACGGGACUGUCCUCGGUACCAGUUCACAAACUUCCUCCAGGAACUGUCCUUAUAAAACAAGAACCCAGAAUGGAGAGCGCCGACGGAAACGACGACACUUUCACUGUCAGGACCCCGGAAGCCGACGCAGCCCCGAACAACUCGAACGGAAGCUCAGUUGAGACAACGACGGCCACGACUACGACAACGACUGGUAGCAGCAGUAGCAGCAGCAGCACAAGCAGCGGCAGUAGCGUCAGUAGCUGUGGUAGCGCUAGCAGCAGUGGUGGCUUUGAGUCCCGACCCGCCACACCAUCCAGCAAAGUUAAACGCACACACAGAGCAGCCAGAGCGAGUGGAGGAAAAAAGUAG